AUGAUGCACUACUCAAACUGGCUUAUUGGCGUGAAAAACAGGGCAAGCCUUCGAAAUGCAUGCAAAACACCACCUAACACCGACUGGAACAACAGGGUAAAUGUUGUGGACGUGAAGAACAACAAUCCGCAGCCUAAUGAAAAGACAUCCGAGCUAACGGUCGCCACCCAUCUCUGGAAAAAAGGCUAUAAAACAAUCAAGAAAAUCGGGGAGGGCACAUUUUCAGAGGUGGUGAAAACUCAGAGCCUGAAAGAUGGGAAGUUCUACGCAUGUAAAACCAUGAAGCAGACAAUUAACAGCCUGGAACAGGCCAACAACCUGCGGGAAGUCCAAGCAAUGAAGAGACUGAGCCCACAUGUAAAUAUCAUCCAGCUACAUGAACUGAUUUUUGACAAAGAAACUGGAACUGUGUCUUUGAUAUGUGAGCUAAUGGAGAUGAACAUCUAUGAGUUCAUACAAGGAAGACAAACACCACUGCCUGACCAUACAGUAAAGCAUUACAUGUACCAGCUGUGCAAGUCACUUGAACAUAUGCACAGCUGUGGGAUCUUUCACAGAGAUGUGAAGCCAGAGAACAUUCUCAUCAAACAAAACAUUCUGAAGCUUGGGGACUUUGGCUCAUGUCGGAGCAUUUACUCCAAGCCCCCACACACUGAGUACAUCUCCACACGUUGGUACAGAGCCCCAGAGUGCCUCCUCACUGAUGGGUACUACAGCUUGAAGAUGGACAUCUGGAGCGCUGGUUGUGUCUUCUUUGAGAUCAUGAGCUUGAAUCCCCUCUUCCCUGGAACAAAUGAGUUGGACCAGAUUGCCAAAAUCCAUGAUGUGUUGGGGACACCAGAUCAAAGUCUUCUCCAAAAGUUCAAGCAGUCUAGAGCGAUGCAUUUCAACUUCCCUCCGAAAAAAGGCACUGGUCUCUCACGAUUAAUUCCUCACUGCCCAGCCCCAGCUCUGUCACUGCUCUAUCAGAUGCUCGCAUAUGACCCUGAUGAACGCAUCACUGCAGAAACGUCCCUGCGACACACAUACUUCAGGGAAAUCAGGCUGGCAGAGAAGAAAGCCGACACUCUUCACAGAGUUUCUAGUACUAUGGAUGGAGUAGAGAGUAGUGGGAUGCACAGCUCCUUAGAUCACAUCUGGCGCCCAACCAGAAUUGGCAAACAGCUGAGGGGAAGACACACAAGGCAAACACCUUUAAUGAGCCACAUGAAGCAUGUAGCAGAGCCCCUCAUCAGGCGGAACAUCCCUCAUUAUCCCACAGAGCUGCCCAAGCUCAACAUGGUUGUACCAGGACCACAGAUCUCCUUCCCAGUCUCCACUAUGCCUGCAUUCACUGUCACUCACCGAGGCACACUGCCAGCCAUCACAUCAAAAAAGUGCCAGUCACAGUUGGCCAAGCCCCGGGAUGAGUCACACCGCGCAACUUUCAAGACCUGCUACAUGCCACCUCUGGAUAGGAAACACGGAGGCUACUGAGAGCCAAGGACACUUCAGCAUUUGAUUUCAAAUUGCCUGUUACUCUAUUGAUAAAAGAUUGUUGGACAAUGUUUGGACAGGCCUGACGUUGAAAAUCUGUGAAGCAACAUGAAGAUUUCUGAGAAAAACAAAAUAGACCAGAGUCUGUCAACUUACCAGUCAUGACUGCGACACCACUGUUUAAUUCUCAUAGUAACGAUGAAAGUCUAUGUAAUCGCAGCACAAACAAUGCUAGAUUCUGUCAUAUUAUGUUGGAUUGAAAAUGUGUAGUUUAGUUAUGACCUCAGUUUUACUUGACCUAGUCAGGUGUUACAUGUUUACAACUGCUGAGAAGUAUACUUCAAUCUGAGCCUAUUACACAAACUAAGCAAUAAGAUAUUUGUCCAGUUAACAGCUGUUUACCAUAGGUGAAUUAAGGAACGGGAUCAGUUUACUGGAAAAUAAUACAGUGGCUUUAGUGGUCACACCCUUUGGACUUGUUCCAGUUGUAUUAUUUUACAGCUUUGAAUCACAGAUGAUUAGGUAAGCUGACAACCAAUCAACAAAAAUACUUACAUGUCAAAGUGAAGACAAGUCUCUACAAACUGAUGUAAAUUAAAGUGUAAGGUAUUCAUCACCUUUUGCUGUGAUACACCUAAAAUAUCACCAGUAUUCUCAGAAGUUGGACAAAAUUAGAAAAUUUCAGCUGCUUUAAUUAAUCGACUGUGAUUCAAAGUUGUAAACAUAAAAGACACCAAGGGCAGGGCUGAAUACUUUUCAUAGGUUCUGUGUAUUGAGACAGUGUCUCUUUCCAGAAGCUGUGAGUCAGUUCCUUGGGACAAACUGACGGUAGGGGCAGAAGUCUUCCUGUACAAACGUAAACAGCAAAAACAUUCACGUUAAGUGCUUCACUAUUAUUUUAAGCCACAAAAUUGCCAUUGAAGAAGUAAAUUAAAGGCAUGUUUCGUGACUCAGCUGUAAAUAAAAUAGCCCCAUACAGACUACAAAUCACACAAUUGGAAUUAAUAUUUGUAUUUUAAUUAUAUUAUUUUAAAAAGAUUAAUUAGUUAAUAACAAAAACAACUUUCCUUUUAGAUCAAUUAUGUUUAUGAUAACAACUGUAUUUAUUUGGUCAAAGGCUGCAAAUUGGGACUUUAAAAGUCCCAAAUCAGAUUUUUUUUUAAAUUGCUAUUUUAAUAAUGUAGCUUGGCAA